GACUAUGUAGACCUUAAUGGAGACCGUUAGUCCUCAAUGCAGGGACUGACAAGACGUAGAGGGGAAGAAGGAAUCUACAAGGAGAAGAAAACCUAGAACCGAAAGCAAGAGUAGUUUUUCUUUUUAGAUGAAAUGCUUGACGAUCGCAUCGAAAUUAAGAUACAAUUCGACGGUCACUUUGAAUCAGAAUCUUGUGCAACCUGCCGUAGUGAAACAAAAUCUUGAGCACUACGCGACCCUGAAAUCCUAUGCAUAGUGCACAAUGAUCUUAUUCAUUCAUAUUACCGUGGUUUAACUUUAUUAGCAUGGUCUAAUUCAUGAACGUGUUUGUGGUAUAUUUUACUCUUAGAUUCAUUAAGGAUCAACUAAUUCAUUCACGUUCUUCGGUAUGUGAGGAACAUUGGUAAGUUCAACAGAAACAGGGGCUGAUGAAGGAGUGAAGGAGGACUCGACGGUUCGAAUGAGGUAGACCAUGGCGAACUCGUAUCUAGGUGUCGGUCGAUUUUUCUGACGCUGCGUUGUUCUUCGAGUUCAGGAAGAACUGUGCAUCCUUAGCGACCUUUUGGAGAACACGAGUUCACUCAUAUUCUCGUUGUCCUCUUCACCAGCAGUCAUUUCUGAGUCUCUGGCUGGCGGAUCAACUUCACCGCGUUGUGAGGGGAGAUUCCUCCAAGAGUAGGGUCGCUUUGAUGCUGUGAUUAUAGACUGAGCAAGCCGUGAAAGCAAUUCCUUGUCUGCCAGAAUGGGAAAUAUUGGAUCUCGUGUGCAGAAAUAUAGUGUUCUUGACGAUUUUGAAUGUCGGUCGGUACUUGAUGGUAGGAGCGGAGGAUUCUUGUGGACAAUGAGACAUGAACAUCAAGGUUGGAAUUGAAUUCAGGGGCUUUACAAAUAGAGUGGGCUUUGGCGACUGAAGUGACACUAGCGUAUUUCAUCGGGAAUUUGGUCGGGGAUUUAUCUCGUUUGGAGGAGUAGGGCUCGGCAAUACGUUUUAGACUCGCUGCGUCAGGCCUCAUACGCACAUUGUGGAUAAGAUGUCGACUCCUCAAUUGAUCGUCACCUCUGGGGAGGAAAAGAAGGAUACUGAUCCCAUGAAUCCUGGGCAGUUGGACAAAGCUCUGCCAGCCACACGUUUACUCGAGAAGCGGCGGAUGGUUGCUCAGGUUCAAGAAGCUCUAGAGAAUCAGAAGAUUGAGUUUGCGCAGAAGGAAGAAAUUCUGAAGAAGCGUGAGGAGACAUUGAGAACUAAGGACCUUCAGUUGCAGGAGUCCUUGAUUGGGUUUUCGAAAUUCUUGCAGGAGAAUGGUGUUAAGAAAAAACGUGCCGAGAAGAAAGCCAGCGACGAAAUUCGACUACGGCUAGAAAAGGAGGCAGAAAUAUCGCAACUGGAAUCCCAGCUUGUACAACUCAAGCAUGAGAAGAACGCUACUCAUGCUGAUUUAGAGCGUAUGAUGUUCUAUCAUAAAUACCUGGAGACCGUGAUCGAGACCUCAGAAGGAUUCAAUGAGAUCAAUGAUCUUCUCAUGAGGCACGCGACCCUCCAGGCUACGAAUGAGGAUUUAAAACGGCAUGUGGAGUCUUGUUCGGACAGCGCUGAAGUUGUGAGAACAGAGCUACAGGCCUAUGUCAAGAGCAGUUCAAAUGAAAUACUCAACCUUGACAACAGCAUCAGCGUGUCAAAACAGACUCUUGAAAAGAAGAAGGGUGAAACAGCUGCGACUCAACUACACAUGGACAGCAUUCUCCAUGCAGCAGCGACGAAAACACUUGCGCGAAGUCAGGUUUGCAUGGCUGCGGAGUACCUCUUCCAGCGCAUAUGUAAAUUGUCGAAUAUCAGUCAUUUUCCGUACAAUAAUCCUUUGAAGCAGCUGGACUGUGUGGGAGAUUACAUUUCGGACCUGAAUCACAUCAUCAAAGCCUAUAAAAUAAAGUGCAUAAAGAAAGAACAUGAAGCACAACGACAAAGAGAGAAAGAGGCGCAACAACAAAUGUAGUCGGAUUGUAGGUCCUAACUUCUAGCAAGGAUCUUGAGUGAAGGGACAUUCUUCUAUAACCUAAUCAUGAAUCUUCUUCUAUAAGUUUACUUCUGGAGCGAAAGCUGCAAGGCAAUUGUCGAAAGUCGAUUUGUAACCUGGAUCCAAUUGCCUAGAUUCAAGCAUCAGCCUUCACAUAUUCAAUGAAUAAUUUGAACGCUGCUGAUCACAGAUGCAAUCUGCUCGGCCGACUGAGAACCGUAUGAGAAAAGACCAAAUAAAUUAUGCUUUAACGCCAGGAAACAGCGCAGGGUGAGUUUUUAGAUUUUAAUGAAAGAUAAAUCACCGUUGCCUGAGUAUAUAAUUUUUACACAAUCAGGAAG